AAUGACACAGACAGAGGGUAUUUGGAAUUGGCUGUAGAUGUUGAAGACAGAACAGAAGUAUUGAUUUUUAACAAACAUAGAACUUAUGUUCUUUACGUGUACUAUCAUUAUCUCUAACAGCACAAAACCCGUUUAUUAAGAUGUCCGCUAAACUUCACGAAGCUCAAGAACAUUGCAAGGCCGCAGAGAAAUUUUUAAAGACAGGAUUCCUGAAGUGGAAGCCUGACUAUGAUUCUGCUGCUGAUGAAUACGGCCAAGCAGCUCAAUGUUACCGCAUUGCACGUGACUUGCAAACUUCAAAGGAUUGCUAUUUUAAAGCUGCGGAGCUUUACAAGAAGAAUCGCGCGUUUUUCCAUGCUGCCAAAGCACUUGAGAAUGCUAUUAUAGUUGGGAAAGAGAUGACACCUCCUGAUCAGCUGUACUCUCUUGCUUGUGAGUCGAGCAGCUUGUACCAGCAACAUGGCUCUGGAGACUCAGGUGCUAGUGUCCUGGACAAAGUGGCGAAGAUCAUUGAAGAGAAAGCCCCAGAAUUGGCAGUUAAGCUCUUUCAACAGGCAGCUGAUGUUUCUUCGACUGAAAGUGGUCAGCACCAAGGCUCAGAGUACAUUAGCAAGUCAUCAAGGAUUUUGGUGAAACUUCAAAGAUAUGAUGAAGCAUUAGAUAGUCUUCGACGUGAAAUUGGUUUCCACCAGGAAGCUGGUAACAUUAUGGCUGUGGGAAGACUGACUGUUGCUAUUGUGCUCGUUCAGCUGGCUAGAGGUGAUGCUGUGGCAGCUGAAAAAGCUUACAAGGAAUGGGGUAACAACUGCGAGGUACCAGAAAUGCAAACCAUCGAGCAACUUCUGCAAGCCUUUGAUGAGGAAGACCGCGAAUCAGCCCAGAGGGCGCUUGCUUCGCCUUUCAUACGUAGCAUGGACGUCGAGUACGCUCGCCUGGCUUCGACCAUUCCUCUGCCUGAAGCUCUGGAGCCGGUUCCAAAAGGCGGUGUACGUCCGAAUGCUGCACUGUCAUAUGUUGCAGCCAGUGCUAACAGCAUAGCGAAGAAGGAAAAUGAAGAAAAUCUACGAAUACAGAAAUCUUUCGAUAAAGCAGCUGAAGAGAAUAAGAAUAAACCGGCUGAUGAUGGAGCUCAAGAUGAGGGAGGCGCUGACGAGGGAGGAUUGUGCUAAACAACUAACACUAGCAAAUGACAUAAUCGGCUUAUUGUCUGUUGGUUCAUCAAUUGAUAAUUAUUGUUUUUGUGUUAUUACUCAUGGUAUUGUAUAAUUUAAUUCAUAUUUCCCAUAGAUUUAGCCCAGAAAUAUUAAAAAUAUCCACUAAUAACUGAAAAUCGUUACUAGCAAAACUAUCGUACUUAGUUUUUAGUUGUUAUUAAUUUCUGCUAUAUAACCUGCUAAUUUUAUAAUUUCCUACACUAUGUUGAUAUAGUUUAGAUUGAUGUCAAUGCGUAAGAAAACAGUCAAUAGAUAACUACAAUAUUAUAUUAUAAUUAUUUUUUUAUAGAUAGAAAAUAUAUUUUUGACGCAUACAAGAUUUUACAGUGUACCUGUAUUAAUUAUGUAUUUCACGUUUUUUUGAUGUUUUUUGCAACUGCAUAAUUAAGCAGCCAACAAAGAUAUCUAAUGUACUUGGAUCUGGUUAUAUGGAAUAUAAAAUUAAAUUUAAUUUUGGUGAAAAACAAACAUUAGGUAUAAUUCUCGGCAAACAUCUUGAACAAUCCAUUUAAAUGCGCAGAAGUCGAUUUCUCGGUCUCUUUGGUGGGGCGAAGGGAACGCGGGGGAAUACAGAGCGCGCGCCCACCUGCUAUUGGUCAAUCAGUCCGCCUUGUCCAUUGUCUUAUAAUGUACCUGCGCGAACUUUUCCCCACUACGCCGGUUUUUGUUCAAGAUGUUUGCCCAUACCUAUACAUAUUAAAUAAUUACGAAUUUUACACUCAGAUAUCCAAGUACAUGUACACAACGAAUGUCAAAUUUGUUGCAAAUAACAUUGAAAACAAACGCCAUACAUACAUAUUGUGCAACCGGAUACAUUAAUUGCUGAUAGUUUGUAGAUAAAGCUAUAUUUUUAAUAUAGAGCUUGUUGAUUUUUCCUAAAGGUUUAACUGUUAAUCUAUGACAUACAUGCUUGUAAUCUGUAAUUCCAAUACACUUACCUAAUUCAAUACAAUACCUAUAAUCAGGUCUCUUACUAGGAAAAGAUCUCAUUUCUUUGAGUAAUACUUUAACUUAAAAUCGAUACUAAUUUUUUGGGAGAGAGUUAAUCAAAUUAUUAUCCGCCGAGGCAUAAUUAUCCACCCACUUUAAUAUACUCAUCAUCAUAUCAGCCGAUGGACGUCCACUGCAGGACAUAGGCCUUUUGUAGGGACUUCCAAACAUCACGAUACUGAGCCGCCUGCAUCCAGCGAAUCCCUACGACUCGCUUGAAGUCGUCAGUCAACCUGGUGGGGGGGCGACAAACACUGCGCUUACUAGUGCGGGGUCGCCAUUCCAUCACCUUGGGACCCUAACGUCCAUCAGCUCUUCGAACUAUGUGCCCCACCCAUUGCAACUUCAGCUUCGCAACUCGUUGAGCUAUGUCGGUGACUUUUAUUCUUCUCCGGAUUCGGAUCUUCUCAUUUCUGAUUCGAUCACGCAGAGAUACUCCUAACAUAGCUCGUUCCAUCGCCCGCUGUGUGACUCUGAGCCUUCUUAUGAGGCCCAUAGUUAGCGACCAAGUCUCGGAUCCAUAGGUAAUCACUGGCAACACGCACUGUUCGAACAGUGCGUAAUAUACUCGCGUCAUAUUAAAGAGGGCGGAUAAUUGAGCCUCUGAGUAUAUUAUACUAGCGGACCCAGUCAAAGUUCGCUUUGACUUAUGUGCACUUCUUCCCUAUCUUUGCUCUACGCUACUCUACCCCUACCCCUUGAACGUUUGUAUGGGAAAUAGAAAAGGGUUUUUAUGGUAUUCCCCUCUAUUAUUCUAAUUUUCUUUCCCUAUACUUCCACGAACAUUUCAAGACCAAGAUAAGAUGAAUCCGUUCAGCCGUUCUCGAGUUUUAGCGAGACUAACGAACAGCAAGUCAUUUAUAUAUAUAUAUAUAUAUAUAUAUAUAUUGAUUAUUAAUUAAAGUUGUUGUAUUUCGUCUGUGUUAUUUUUCAAUAACGAAAUCGAGAGUUGUAUUUCAAUAUUUAUGUUAGGUUAAACAUUAUAUGUAUAUAAUGAAGUUAUUUUCAUUUAUAGUCUUAAGUGAUAAACCAAAAUAGGUUUUUAAGUUGAUCGUAUUUUAGAUAAUUGAUUGAAAUAUACAACUCUAGCAAUAUCAAAUAUUCUAAAUUUAUAUUACACCAAUUAAAUGUGUAACUAAUAACUAAUAUGUAGUUAUAUAAUUUGUUUAAAUUAAUUAAUUGAUGUUUAAAAGUAAUAUUGUAUCAUUAGAGGUUGUCUUAAUAUAAAGAGCAUAAUUAUAUCAAAAAGGGAACUGUUGGUUAUUAUUAACGAUUUGUCAUAUACAGAUAUUUGAAACUGUCUGCAUACAUUUUUGAAGCUUAUAUAGCCCUAAAUUCCAUUAUUAUUAUUUAAUUCAAGGAAAUUUAUGGUAUUGGACUUUUUUCACAAACAUUAUUAAUAAAAUUAUUAUUUGGUGAAUUUAGCGGUUAAAUAUAAAUGUUAUGUAGGUACAUGUUACAAUGAAAUUGAUUAGAAAUGCUGAUAAUGUAUCAAAAUAUAUGUUAACCAUACAUUUAAGCUUGCAUUUGGCUUCAAUUUUAGUUGUUUGUUUACGCUUUUGGCGUUAAUUGUGUAAAUUUUGUGUUUGUGCUAUUAGAAUUUUGUAAAAUUAAUUAUACAAUCAGUUUUACAAACAUAUAUUUUAUGUAUCGGCUCGGGUUUAGAUAAAUCAUAAAUAUAAAUGUCACUUUUUCUAAAAUAGGCACAAUUUUGUAUUAGACCUUGUGAAUGUCUGAUUUUCAAUUAUUCUAUGUAUAAGGUUAGAUAAAUAAAUAAAGUGGGAGUUAAUUUCUUAUGGAGGCCUAUGAAAUAAUAUGUGACAUGUGACCGGGUCAGAAAAGUUUGUGGCACUAGUCUUUCUAAUAAUGUACGAUGAUUUUUAUUUUAAACGUGUUUGAGAAUAAGCAAAAUUAUGCAUAUCCCAAAUUAAAACAAAUAGCAAUAUUCAUAUUCUAAAUUACAUAGGCAUUUGUUAUUUGUUUAUAGAGUAUAUUUUGAUUAUUACAUAAAUAAUAAUAUUACAUAAGUGUAAGAUAUUUUGACUAUUGCUAUUGAUUGUAUUAUAAUAUACAAUAAUUAGAUUAAGUUUGAAGAGGUUCUAAUUAUAAUUAUACAUAUAGCUCAGGCUGCCCUGGGUUAUUUCUUCAUGAUCAGUUUGUAUGUCGAUUAGAGGUACAUGUACUUAUUGUUGAUAUAACGCGGGAUGAACUUUCAAGUCAGGGGCGUAGCUAUCGUCGUAUCAAUUAUACCGAGCCCCCGGACUACAGGGGCCUUACAAAAGUGAAAACAAAAGUUAGUAAAAUGUAAUCCACAAUCUCACUUAAUCUGGUGUUUCCCGAAAAAAAAAACACAAUAUAAAAAACUGCAAUUAUUAUUAAAAUUCCAGUACGACCAUUUUUAGGAGAAAUACAGCCUCGGAUAAUUUGGUCGCUCGUCUUUUAGAUAAUCCCUCUUUAACUUUGGCUCCAAAAUACUUGGCCCCUCCAAGGCACGCUACGUCACUGUUUCAAGUUAAGGAUUCCAAUGUUAGAAUUGAUGGCUGUUUCCCACAGCUGUAUGCCGUAUGUCCAAACUAGCUUUCGCAAUGCUUUAUAUAUUAGCAUUUUGUUACUGUCGGCCAAGUAGCCAGUCGUGACAGCGGAGUUUCUAAUCUGUUCUAAUUUGUAUAUUCAUUCACUGCAGAUCCUAGAGAUGAUUAUGAUAUAGCCUAAAUCAUUAAAUCGCCGACAUAUGCAAAAAUGUAGUAUUCUCGUCUCUUAUCGCACAAGACACUCUUCUGAAUCUACAAUUAAUUAGACAACAUUUAUUUCCAUCUUUAAGAAAUGUCAUCGAUUUCAUGAAAUUACUUGUGUAUAGUCGGAUGCAAACUUUAUGACGUCUCCGAAAUCAUCUGCGGUCGUCGCUUCGCGCACAUCAUACGUAAAAUAAGACGCGUGAGGAGACUGAGUAGAAAGGGGGCGCGCUGGGUGAAAUCCUGCCGCGCUCCUACUUUACCGCUGAUAACUAAAUUCUUGUAGUGCGCAGUUUAACACACGAUGUACCAAAACGUCAUAAAGUUUGCAUGCUAUUAAACUUAUUAAAUAUUUUGAAUUUAAGAGCUUUUCGGGAACGAUGUAAGGCAUAGAGGAAUGAAAUAUAUAAAACUACUUGUAAGAAAUGAGAAGAUAGCUGAUUGUUAUUAGUUGCGUUUGUCUUCUUUGAAAUAAAAUAAUCAAAUAAUAA